GGAACCGCUGCGGCCGGCGUGACGUCAGCGCCGGCGGUGCUGCGAACAGUUCUCAGAAUAGUCUUCCAGGAAACGGUAAAUUCGAAAAGCCAAGCCUUUACACUCUGUCCUUCACACGUUCGGAUCCCGCUCCGGUGACAACACACUCCGACCCGCCGCCGCCGCCGCCGCCGCACGGACCCGCUGCUUCUUUUCUACUAUCUCCGUUUAAACCCUCUCUGGAUCCCGGCUCCGUGUUCUCCUGUCGCCUUUCUAUAUAUUUUGGAGGAGUAAAAAAACAAGCGCAGACGAGCGGAGGACACACUGGGACACGCUGAGCUCUUCGUGUCCCCGUUUUUUUUUUACAUUUUUCUAAACACAUGUUAAAUCUUACUUCUCCGGACCUGGCUUUUCUGUAGAUAAACGUGACGGGAUAUUUUGUUUUUCACUUGUUUUCUGGGGAAGUUGAAGCGAUCCAGAGGAUUCCACUAAUAGUAUGAUUCUUUGUGUACCAGGACCUAGAGCUCUUCUGCCCAGUGCUCUGUCCACUGACGCCCCGCAGGGCAUGCGGGCUGGAACCGUAGCUCCCAACUCCUGCCUUCAGAGCACCCCCUCGCUAUGGGACCCUGCAAAGGACCUGCGGGCCAUCGCCAGCAACUUCUGCUAUCUAGAAAACUCAGGUUGGUACUGGGGAGCAAUAACUGCAGCGCAGGCCCACGCUGCACUACAGGAGGCGUCUGAAGGAGCCUUCCUGGUACGGGACAGCAGCCACCCCAUGUACAUGCUGACCCUCUCGGUCCGGACUGCACGUGGCCCCACCAGUAUACGGAUCCAGUACAGCGGCGCCAAGUUCUUGCUGGACUCCAGCUCUCCGGCUCGGCCCAGCCUGUCGUCCUUCUCCAGCGUGCCCAGCCUGGUGCAGCACUACAUGGGACCAGAGAGGAAAGCAGACAAGGGGAAUGUGGAGGCGGAAGCUCCUUCGAAACCCUCACAGCAGACCAUCCAGGAGGCCUCUGUGGUACUGAAACUGAAGCGGGCCGUGUACAAGCCCAAGGGCCUCCCCUCUUUACAGCACCUCACACGCCUCGUCAUUAACCGACACUCUGACUGUCCGGACCAGCUCCCACUCCCGCGGCCUCUUCUGCAUUACAUCCAGAACUAUCCCUUCAAGGUAUGAGGCGUUCCUCAAGGUCAUCACAAUGGCCGUUUCUCUGACUUAAAAGACAAACAACUGUCAAACGGGUCCUUCGCACCUGUACAUGACAGCGCUCCAGCAGUUGAAGGCCAGUCCUGAAGAGGCUGGACACAGGGUUGUGUUCUUACUGACAAAGUAUGUACACUAUCAGUUAUAACUGACACGUCUGCAUUCGGACUUAAUUUGUCGAGGGGCCGCGUGGUGAAGAAUCCCAGUAAGAGACAGCUCGUGAGAGAACUCAGUACUGUAAUCUACACUUAUUUUAUGAUGGAUGUGGAAAUUGUCCACAUCUAUUUUACCCUCAUCGGUUUUGAAUGCACAUAUUGUUUCCAAGAAGUACACUGAUUCCAUUGAAACAACAUUUUAAUCCAUUUUAUUUUCUCAGUAAAACAUUUUUUCUACUUUUUACAUGUGUACAUUUUUGUAUUAAAAUAACUCAUUUGAUUCUAA